AUGAGUCAGUCCAGCUUCACUUCGCAUACUGAGAAGAGCACCACCUCGCCUCCACAACCUGCUCCACCAGCUCAAUCUAAUUACCAGGCACAUAUGAGCCGGCAUAGAGAAGAGACUCAUCGCGAAGAGACCAGCCGCCCCGUCUCGCAGCUUAGCCAGUUCAGUGAACAGAAAAGUUUCAAGAGGAACGUCGAAGAGAAGACGGAGACAAGAACGGUCCCUGGGACGACGACCGUUUAUACCUCGGACUCUAACCGCAACUUUUCCACUCAGGAUGUCUUCAAUAAGAAGGAAGAGAUGAACGAAACUCUUCCACUGGGAAGUAUCAGCAAUACACAUGCUAAUACUCAGGGUGGAUAUCGAGACCAGCAGGGCCAUGACGUCUCUUACAAACGAGAAACGCAGACAGCUGUCGACCCUGGUAAGGAGUACGCUCUACUGAAGGAGGAAGAGAAAAGAGUGGUGGAGACCGAUUUGGAGCCCGGUGUAAUCUCGAGGCAUGUAACCACGAAAUACUACAAGAAGAAAACCGUCACCGAUACACCACAACGACAACGACUCCGCAGGUGA